AUGACAACUACGCUCCAGAAAUUUAUUCAGUCCUUGGACCUCAAAACACUUCCAAGGAUCCUGCAAAUUCAGUCUGGAUUUUAUCAUGGAGGCUCCCUUUAUGAACUUUGUGGAAAUGAAUGUUCCCUCUCAACAGGAGACAUACUUAAAAUAACUGGUUGCAGAGUAAAGAAUGUCCUGGCUCAUCUUUUUACAAGCAACGAAUAUGACAUGUUGCCAACAAUGGAACUUCCUCCUGAUUUUCCAGGUUUAUUUAGAGUUGUUGCUGAUAAGGACCCUUAUCACUCAGUUGAAGAGAUUGUACAGACACUACAUAUUGGACCCACGCAGUUCGGCCACCCUUGCUUGUACAGCAGUUCAGUACUACAUGUGGGAGACGUCGCCAUAGAAAAAGGCACAAACAUCAUGUUCCACUCUGUAGAUAAAGUAAAUGGAGCCAUGUCAGCUAAGUGUAAAGUCAUACUGGAAGGAACACUUUAUUCUUUUUCUCUCCCUCUUUCCUACACUGGAGAGUUUUUUGAGUGCCAAGACGAAAGGAUAUACACACUCAAAGAGAUUUUAGACUGGAAAAUUCAAAAUAACAGAGCGAGAACUGUCAUUCUUACAGAUAUUAUGGAGAUAGGAGACAACAAAAAAAUUUACAAUGCUUUCAUUAAUGGAAUGAUGAUUCUGAGCCCCAUUUAUGAAAUACAAGCCCAAAUGCAAUUUGGUGGUGCUCUAAACCUCUUAUCAGAUCUUGAUGUGGAAGUACUGGAUAUUACUGAGCACUUUAAUACUAAAUCAUUCACAGAGAUACUGGCUACUCAGGAUGUCUUUGAAAAAACUACCGAUGAAUUUCCAUUUAUUGCAGAAAUUGUAGAAGGUCCAAUUAAAUGUUGCAAGUCUUAUACAUUUUUACAUGGCGGUAAAAAAAUCAUUGUCUACAGAAAGUAUCAAGCAGAUCGAGUUGUUGCCUCUGAGAUAAGAACUGACACGCCAAGCAGACAUUUUCUCAUUCCAGCUAACUACAAAGGGAAAUUCAAAAGGAGACCACGUUUUUUCCAAACGGUCUAUGACUUAACUAUUGCCAAGUUGGAAAUGGCUGAGCUUCAGGUGGUGGCAACAAAGCCAUUUCAUUCACUACAUAAGGAGUUCUCCUCAGUAUGUGUUGGGGACAUGUUUCAGGUGAAACGGUCUCGGUCCUGUGAAAUUAUGCAUGAAGGCAAACAGACUGUUGUAGAUGUUCUCGAUUGUACAAAGAUGGAAGCCAAAAGCAAUGGAAUUAUUACACUUCCUUUGUAUGUUGAAGGUGGAUUUAUAGAGGUUGUGCGAGAUGACAAACAGUACUAUUUAUCAGAACUUUGUAAGCACUUUACACUACCUUUAAAUGUUAAAGUGUCAGUGAGGGAUCUCUUUACAAUUGGAGAAGACGUUUUGGCCAACACUUCUGUAUUAAAAUUGGAAGAGCAAAUUACAGACUCUUACCUGCUUGUUAGUUUAUAUGACAAUCCUGAAGAAGUUUGGGAACUCCCUGUGUUUCGACUGAACCUUUCUUUUCAAGUGCUUGGUCAUUUUAAAGGAAAAGUGUUCACUGUGCCAACAAGAACAAAUACUGAAGAAAUCAAUGAAGAGGAGUAUUAUAUGGCAAGGCGUUAUGAAAAUAAUUUUCAGGCCCCACCACCACGCCCUCCAAAAACCCCUCUGUAUGUAAAUGAAGCUGAGAGAAACAGGAUGCAAGAGAUGCUUCUGAAAGAUGACGUUUCUAAAGAAAAGGAAAAUUUACAAGACAAUAGUCAUGAGUACAGUUUGCCAGCAGGGAACUGGACAGACACAGACAUAAAGAGCACAGCCAAACACAACAAAGAAACAGCUAGAUUCUCUCCGGUUAACUCCCCUGAGUACUGGAGAGACUGUGUACAAAUAAUAGAUCCUUCGUUUCGUUUCGGUCACCUGAUGGUGUCGGGGGAAUUUAACUUUUGCAUGGACCCAUCCAUGGACACAUCCACAGGCCAUGCACGUAACCCUAAAUCACACCUUAAUACUGUACGCAGAAUGCUACAUGGUCUUCACCUGGUUGAUGUAAGAGAGAGUACUUCACCCCACUCUACAUAUCAAACACUUACCCUCAAACGAGAACGACUUAGAGAGCUGCUGGAAUCGGACACUAAACGUGCCUUUGAUGCGCGGAAUAAGAAAUUCUAUGUUCAGGUUAUGUUAAUUCCAUCGACGCCACCUCCCCACUCCGUCCAGAAUCGUUACUUGCCCACAUCACUAUCCUUCCCAAGCCGGGUAAAGACCCAGCUUGCUACUCUAGCUACCGCCCCAUAUGACUGA